CGGCGAGGACUCCGACUCGGAGGAGGACGAGGGCGGGCGCGGCGCCGGGGCCGGCAGCUCGGGGGGCUCGGAGUGCGGGGGCCCCGGGGCCGGCGGGCCCGAGGAGAGCCGGGCCAGCCCGCUGCGUCGCGGCUACGUGCGGGUCCAGUGGUACCCGGAGGGCAUCAAGCAGCACGUCAAGGAGACCAAGCUGAAGCUUGAGGAUCGCUCGGUUGUCCCUCGGGAUGUGGUCAGACACAUGAGCUCAAAUGACAGCCAGUGCGGGACUGUAAUCGAUGUAAACAUAGAGUGUGCUGUGAAGCUGGUAGGAACCAACUGUAUCCUCUAUCCUGUCAACAGCAAAGACCUACAGCAUAUCUGGCCAUUUAUGUACGGCGACUACAUAGCCUUUGACUGUUGGCUAGGGAAAGUCUAUGACUUAAAGAACCAAGUCAUCCUGAAGCUCUCCAAUGGAGCCAGGUGUUCUAUGAGCACGGAAGAUGGAGCAAAGCUUUAUGAUGUUUGCCCUCAUGUCAGUGACUCAGGCCUUUUCUUUGAUGACUCAUACGGCUUUUAUCCUGGGCAAGUCCUCAUUGGUCCCUCAAAAGUCUUCUCCAGUGUGCAGUGGCUUUCAGGUGUGAAGCCUGUCCUGAGCACAAAGAGCAAGUUCAGAGUGGUGGUGGAAGAGGUACAAGUGGUGGAACUAAAGGUUACUUGGAUCACUAAAAGUUUCUGUCCUGGAGGUACUGACAGUGUAAGUCCCCCACCUUCGGUAAUCACGCAGGAGAACUUGUCCAGAGUAAAGCGUCUGGGGUGCUUCGACCAUGCACAGAGGCAGCUCGGGGAAAGAUGCCUCUACGUAUUUCCUGCCAAAGUGGAACCUGCAAAAAUCACUUGUGAAUGUCCAGAGAGAAACUGUGUUCUGGGGGAAGGAUCAGUCGCCAAGAAGGUGAGGAGGUUGCUGAAAAAACAGAUUGUGAAGAUCAUGUCAUGCACCCCAGAUUCUCAGGGUACCAAUGAACCACCCGAUGGAGAGUCUACUGCAGCUGCUGACCAAAAAUUGGAAGAACUUAAAACCAGAUCCAAAUGUGAACUAGGGGACUCUGCCAAUGGCACACUAAACCUGGGGGAGAUAAAGGACGAGCAGCCUGAAGAAAUGGGAAAGGAGACUUCUUGCAUAGCAGCGGGGCGACAACAGCAGCCACCUUUCCUGUUGAAAGAGGAUGGGUCACCUGACUACAGGCUCCAGUCAAUGGAACAAGAUGCCGAUGAUGAGGCAGCCGACGACACAGAUGACACCAGCUCUGUGACCUCUUCAGCGAGCUCCACUGCCUCUUCCCAGAGUGGCAGCGGCAUAGGGCGCAAGAAGAGCAUUCCCCUCUCUAUCAAAAACUUGAAGCGGAAGCAUAAGAAGAAGAAGACUAAGAUCUCCAGGGAGUUUAAACCAGGAGACAGAGUUGCUGUAGAAGUGGUGACCACGAUGACUUCGGCUGAUGUGAUGUGGCAGGAUGGCACUGUGGAGACCAAUAUUCGCUCCAACGAGUUGUUCCCGGUCCAUCAUCUGGACAACAAUGAGUUUUGCCCUGGGGACUUCGUGGUGGACAAAAGAGCUCAGACCUCCCAGGACCCUGCUGUGUACGGAGUGGUGCAGUCAGGCGACCACAUCGGCCGCACCUGUGUGGUGAAGUGGUUCAAGCUGAAGGCCAGCGGAGACGAUGUCGAGCUGAUGGGGGAGGAGGAGGAUGUGAGUGUGUAUGAUAUUGCUGAUCACCCCGACUUCCGCUUCCGAACCACCGACAUCGUGAUUCGCAUUGGCAAUGCCGAGGAGGGAGCCGUGGCCAAGGAAGAUGAGCCCUCGGUAGGACAGGUGGCUCGCGUUGAUGUCAGCAGCAAAGUAGAAGUAGUCUGGGCUGAUAACUCCAAGACCAUUAUUCUGCCUCAGCACUUGUACAACAUAGAAUCGGAGAUCGAAGAAUCUGACUAUGAUUCUGUAGAUGGCAGCACCAGUGGGGCAUCCUCCGAUGAAUGGGAGGAUGAGAGCGAUAGCUGGGAGACGGACAAUGGCCUUAUGGAAGACGACCACCCAAAAACUGAAGAGCCGGAGCCUGAGGAGCCUGUAGCGGAAGAGGUGAAAAAAGUAGAGGAACAAGUGCAGGGUGCUGUGGCUAUGGCGGUUGCUGAUCUAACUGCAGAGAAAGCUGGGAAAGAGGGAGCACCAAAGAGUUUCCGAGAGCUGAAGGAGGCCAUCAAGAUCUUAGAGAGCCUGAAGAACAUGACUGUGGAGCAGCUGCUAACGGGCUCUCCCACUUCGCCGACAGUAGAGCCCGAAAAGCCCACCCGGGAGAAGAAGUUCUUGGAUGACAUCAAAAAGCUGCAGGAGAAUCUGAAGAAGACCCUGGAUAACGUGGCCAUUGUGGAGGAGGAGAAGAUGGAAGCUAUGGUGGAGACGGAGAAGAAAGAAGAAAAAGCUGAGGCGCAGACGCCGGUGAGGUCGGAGUGGCCUAGUGAGACCCCAGUGCUCUGCCAGCAGAGCGGAGGCAAGCCUGGAGUCACCUUCACAAGUGCCAAGGGGGAGGUCUUCUCUGUGCUGGAAUAUGCCCCAGAUACCCACGCGUUUAAGAAAAUGGAGUUCCAACCACCAGAAGCUAAGAAGUUCUUCAGCACAGUCAGGAAAGAAAUGGCAUUGCUGGCAACCUCUCUGCCUGAUGGCAUCAUGGUCAAGACGUUUGAAGACAGAAUGGAUCUCUUCUCAGCACUUAUUAAAGGACCCACACGCACUCCUUACGAAGACGGCCUCUUCUUGUUCGAUAUCCAGUUACCCAACAUCUACCCGGCUGUCCCCCCUCUCUUCCGCUACCUCUCCCAGUGCAGCGGGAGACUGAACCCCAACCUGUACGACAAUGGCAAGGUUUGCGUCAGCCUUCUGGGGACCUGGAUAGGAAAGGGCACAGAAAGGUGGACCAGCAAAUCCAGCCUUCUCCAGGUGCUCAUCUCUAUCCAAGGACUGAUCCUAGUGAAUGAGCCCUAUUACAACGAGGCCGGGUUCGACAGUGACCGGGGCCUUCAGGAGGGCUACGAGAACAGCCGCUGCUACAAUGAGAUGGCCUUGAUCCGCGUGGUCCAGUCAAUGAUGCAGAUGCUGCGCAAGCCGGUGGAGGUCUUCGAGCACGAGAUCCGCGAGCACUUCCGCUGCAACGGCUGGCGCCUGGUCUACCGGAUAGAGUCCUGGCUAGAGACCAACGAACUGGUGGAAAGGAGCCACGAGCACCCCAAUGGGGCUGAUUCCUCCUCUCUCCUUUCUGUUUGUGGCACCCUGGCUGAGAGCCCGGUUGACAGUAUGGGAUUUCAGGGCGAGUACAGCAGCCCCUUGGAGCAGGAGCUGGGGGCAGCAGCGGCGGCUGAAUUUUCCGACUUGGCGCUAGAAGGGAAGGAGGAGCUGGAAGACUCUGGAUGUGGAGCCUCGACGCUCGCGGCCAGCGACGGCCAUCAGUAUUCAGACUCCGAGAGCAUGGGCCACGCCAGAGGGCUCCUCCUGGCGAGAGACCUAACGGACGCGUGUAAAGCCGCCCAGGACUCUGCCUCGCAGCCUAGUGUGAAACCAAAGAAAAGGAGAAAGAGCUACAGGAGUUUCCUCCCCGAGAAGAGCGGUUACCCUGACAUCGGCUUUCCCCUCUUCCCCCUGUCCAAGGGGUUCAUUAAAAGCAUCCGUGGUGUCUUGCAGCAGUACCGGGCAGCCUUAGUAGAGGCCAAUAUCCCUGAGUGGAGAGAGGACAAGUGAAACGUCGGGUUAGGGGCAGACAGAUGCAGAAGAGAAGGGGGAAGCAGCAAGGAAAUCAGCCAACGCUGUUCCCAAUAAACUGGCCUUGCUCGUUCCUGGCUCUCUUCCCCAGUUUGGUGUGUUUAUAAAGACGGCAGUAGCCCAAAUAGCUCAUUCCUUGGUCUUUACUUCCCCCAACCCCACCCCCGUUCCUCACGCUCAUUUGAUCCUGAAGUGUAAGGAGUUGAGCCUUCCAAAGCAGUCUUGCAGCUGGGACCCUCAGUGCUCUUUGGUCCCCGGGCACCUCUCGGUGCACCGUGGGCUCCACCCCCUGGCUGCUAUGUCUGACCCCAACGUUCCAGUUGGGAUUCAGCCCUAAAGGUAUGGUUACUGUGGUGUCCAGUGCUGAGAGGCCGUGUCCUCCCAGUCCUUCCGUUUCCCUUCACUACCACGUCUUGUGGCUUUCAUGAAGUCUGUUCCAGCUUGAGAAUACUUUGACAUUAGACUCUGGUUGCAUCAAAGUCUCCUGCUCCCUGUGGGGUGCCUGCCCAUAGCUGGUCACUGGCAGAUUCUCAGCUCACCCACUCCUUUCUUUGGUACUUAGGGUGCAGAGAUGAAGUGAUAGACAGGUUCCUGUUCAGCCUUGGGCAAUACCCUGGGGUUUCCCUGUGGUCCUGGCCCUCUGAUCUCUCGCGUGGAAGUAAUUUCUCCAAAACAGUAAACACAUUUCCACUCCCCGUCCUCGCCAGAUCCUGCUUGCGCUUUGCAAACGUACACGAGUCAGCUUCCUGCUGGCACUAUUCCAUCCAGCAGGAGCCUGGGAGCCCCAUGUGCACUGCUUCAGCUUGAGUCCAAUUGAUCAGCAGCAAAGGUGGAUCUAGGGUAGAUGAUGUAGCUUCUGUGUGGAUGUUGAACCUAGUGCCGCUGAUCCCUCUGCACCUCUUCAGUUGUUGAUAAAUUUCUCAGGCUGCAGCUGUUCCUGAGGCUAAAUCACAAGUAUAGACCUGUACCUGUGCAGUGUGACUUCACUCCUGCUGCGGCAGCACGGGCUGCAGUAGGACACCGCAUCUUUAACAAACACAGCUUUCACGGUGUGAGCCACUGCUCCUCCCCAACCCUGCACAGGCCGGAAGCCAGCAGCAUUGGAGACCUUGCAUGUACAUCCGUAGUGCCCUCUACGGUGCUGCCCGGUAGCUAUAGGACACGGCUAGUGGGACACGUGUGCGUUAGCGGAGAGGGGUUUACACUGAGUACUUUGAAGGGGGUUUGAUGAAAGCAGUGACUAUCUGGGGGCUUCCUAUUCCAAGUGUCUGCAGCGUGCUUUCUGUGCGCUGCUGGAGACCCCCGGUCAAGCCCAGCUAGAUUUGUCAGGAGUCGAGUCUGACAGCAAGCUCCCAUCCAACAUAGAUGAGAGAAGCCCGUUUUCUGCCACAGAGGCGGGCCAGCUGUGUCCUCCCCAGUGGAUGAAACUAGCUAGUGAUGCCAAGCUUCCACAUGGAAGCAAUAGCUAAGCUUGUCUUUCAGCAUGGCUAGUAAAGAUGGGAAAUGAGGCUAAUUCCUCACAGGAAACCAAGCCUAAUUCCUCCUUACCAGCUCUCCCGCCACUGCUACCCCUGCCAAAGCCAGGGGCUGUCGGGGUUCUGAAUUUGAAGCUGAGGGCGGAAGCGUCAGCAGGCCGUCUCGCCACGUUUGCAAAGUGCUCCCGGCUGCCUGGAUGGGUUUGGAGCUCAACUACCCAUUAUCCACUGGAAGAAAUUUGAUAAGGGUCCCAUUGGCUACAUCCAGCCUGGGGUCAGACUUCCCCACUGGAACAGUGUGCCACUGGGACGGGGUCUCUCUCACACUGACUCUGGUCUCCACGUCAGCACUGCAGAAUCCUCUGCACUAGCUGCCACGAUUGCUCAGGAGAGCUGCAGGUCUGGAUUAGGGAGCUGUGGGGGUGGCUGCACGUUAGGCUUGAGCGGCAGUAGCAUUGUGGGGGUGGGUCUGGUGCAGUAGUUCCUGGCUAUCCUCCAUGCUAACCAGCAUUUCAUGAGCAAGAAAACUGACUCCAGUGUAAAAGGGCAGGGCUGGGAUGCUAACUGACGUUGUCCUUUGGGGGUGAGAGGCAUCUGAUGCAGGGGGUUGCUCCACACGUUACUAGACGUCUUACUCAUUGUACUGAAGGCCAGACUACGACUUACAGACUCAUUUCCUUUGGUGUGUCACUGCAUUCCUCUCUCUGCAAAAGGACGGGGGAGGAGGAAUUGACAAGCUGCUUAUUAGAAAGACACAAGUAGAGAACAGAAUCUGCUCACGUGCCUGGGGGUCUCUAGCACUGCCCACCCACACAACACACUCUGUCUCUCUCUAGUUGUUUCUCUUUAUCUUCUCCUGGAAGGGUGGAGGGGACUAGUUGCCACAGCAAAAGCCAGCUGUAGGAACUGAUCUGCUUGGAGGAAGGUGGUGGGAGAAGAGGUGCCAUUGUGAGAGCCAGCCUGACUGUAUGCCAGAUGGUUCCUUCCCCCCCCCUAAGAAGGCUGCCUCUCUAAUCAUAACCAAGAGCUUUGCACAGGAUCCUGGAGUUUUCAGCUGGGAAAGCUCUUGCUUAUUGGCCUUGGGGAGGUGGGGGGUAGUGGGGAGGCUCUCCUGUCCCUUAAUAGCAUUGCUGGAGCGUUCCUUGCUCUUCGUAGCUGUCUGUCCCUAACUGAGAUGCGCACAGAGGUUUACAAGUUUUCUAAGCUUUUGAUCAUGUGAAGCUCCGGGUCUGAGAUUGCUGUUGAGCACACUGCAGCUAUGUAAUUUUUUUGGUGUACGUAUGUAAUAUUUAAAGGUUAAAAACAAAAUUUAAAAAGGCAAAACAAAAAAGUU